AAUUGAUGACGUCACAUAUAGUACACAAAUAGCUGUGUAUUCGGAAACGUGGUAGAGGAGUUGUACGUGUUUACGUAUAUGUGUGCUGUCGUUGGAGUAGGGCGAUGGCAGGAGGAGGGACUCUUUGGAUGGGAGACUUGGAGCCCUAUAUGGAUGAGAUAUUCAUCACUCAAGCCUUCAUACAGAUGGGAGAGCCAGUUGCCAAUGUGAAGCUUAUAAAGAGCAAGACUACUGGGCUCCUAGCAGGCUAUUGUUUUGUGGAGUUCCAUGAUGUGGAUACAGCACACAAAGCCAUGCUCAGACUCAAUGGCAAAAUUGUACCUGGGAGUAGGCCUUUUCGGAGAUUCAAAUUAAACCAUGCCAGUUAUGGAAAAGAACACUUAGCAGUGCCUGAGUAUUCCCUGUUUGUGGGAGACCUGACAGAUGAUGUUGAUGAUCUUUCCUUAUAUCAGGGAUUUGCUAAGAAAUAUAAGAGUAUUCGGGCAGCCAAAGUUGUUCUGGACGGGACAGGGAGGAGUAAAGGCUACGGCUUUGUGAGGUUCACAGACGAGGAGGAGCAGCAGAGAGCUAUCACAGAAAUGCAGCAUUAUUGUGGCAUUGGCAAGAAGAUCAUCAGAGUCAGUUUAGCAACCCCUAAAAAGCACAACCCACCAGUGGCCCCCGGCACUUCCCUGCCCCCUGGUGGCAGUCACCCAUACUACACCCAGUAUCCACAGUAUCCUUACUACAGCCAGUGGUCUGGGUAUACAGGUCAGCAGUACUAUGCUGUGGCUCCAUCCUCCUCAGCCAGCCAUGCCUACUCCCACUAUGACUAUGCUGGUGGUUGGGAUCAAAGUGGACAGUAUGAGGAUGAAGACUUAGAAGAUCCAUGUGUAGAAGUAGAUGUUCAAAAAGUCAAUAAGGAAUUCAUUGAAACAAGUGAGGAAUUUUAUACAGCACUGGAAGACUCUAGGUGGAAUCCACUAGAUUCUGUUAUGUCAAAAGUACCAGGCAAGGCCUCCUAGCUGGGAUAGUGACAGUGUCCGUAUAAGCUGGCAGACACAGAGUACACUACAACUGACAGCAUAUACAGUGUAUAUAGCAAGGCUUCCUAAGACAUUUCAUGUUCCUAACAGAAGACUGGUUGUAUACAUGAUACAUUGUAUCUAUCUUCACCUUAAUGUCUGGCUGCCCACAUGAUCUCUCCAUCUUAAUGACUAAUAAUUUGUUACUUGAAGGAGCCUGCUAUCACAGGGAUAAUCUGCACCAUCUUAACUAUUAUCAUCUUCAUUAUCAUCAGUUAUCACAAUCAUCACAUUCAGUGUUGCUUUAAUCAUCAUUACCAUCUCUUUCAUGUUAUUAUUAUUCAGAACCGUCAUCACCACAUGACAUUCUUCAUUUAGUAGUGUAUGUAAUUUCAUAGCAUCCUGAUAAUCAAAAAGCAUUUGCCAGCUUUUUUCAACAUUCACAAACAACGUGGAAUCUAUAUCAUUUAAUUAAUGACCUCUAGGUAUAAGGACAAAUCUUUAUUGUGAAAUAUGUUCGUUAAAUAAAUUUCAUCGCCUUUAUA